GUAGCUGGCAGGUAAUAACAUUGCAAGACAUGCAGGAUGCUCCAGUUACAAGAAAAGGCUUUGAAGCAGCACCAAAUACAUCAGCUCUGUAACAAGGCAGCGCCGUGAUUUUACUUAAUAUGUCAAGUAAGCUAGAAAACCGGAAUCCCGAUCAAGCAUCUUAAUAGAUGCUGCCUAGAUGUGUUAUAUUCUAUCUGUCCUUCUUUUCUUUUUUUUUUUUUGAGUUCUUCACAGCAUUUGCAGAAGGAUUUUUUUUUUUUUUCUUGCCAUUUCAAAGCACGAUGUGGAAUGAGUAACACUGCCAUUAUGUCUUGUUGGAUUAUGGUACGUACCGACAGGGCUUAUGGAAUAUAGCCUGAUUAGUCAUUAUCUUUAUGCACGUUCUUUCAGCCCAGUGAAAAAGAAACUUUUCUUACUCUCCAUCAUGCUUUUCCUGUGGGUGUAUAUGGCGUAUUCCUGCGUGGGCUACUGUUCCACUAUGCCCAGCAUGAUGGUGGACUAUAGGGUAAAAGAGACUCAAACUGCCGGGAAAAGGACAGAUAACAACGGGGUGGACCUCAUGUCCAAGCUGCUCUCAAAACCCCAAGGCUGGGUGGACUUGGAAACUGAUUACGAUGAAGCUCCAAUAAGGACCGCUGCCAGAGACUUGCUGAAUAACGAGGUCGAGAUAGACCGGACUGAGGAUUGGGAUGAAAUUAGGGGAGAACAGAAGUCGCCAGAUCAGAGCCCCAUGUCGAGUUUUUCCAACGGGUCGGGCAGCAAGAAGCUUCCCCAAGCGAUCAUCAUCGGGGUGAAGAAGGGAGGCACCCGGGCUCUGCUCGAGUUUCUCCGGGUGCACCCUGACAUCAGAGCCGUGGGAGCCGAGCCGCACUUCUUCGAUAGGAAUUAUGAGAACGGUCUUGACUGGUACAGAGACCUGAUGCCCAAAACCCUGGAGGGUCAGAUCACCAUGGAGAAGACCCCCAGCUACUUUGUGACCAGGGAGGCCCCAGCCCGGAUCAGUGCAAUGUCCCGGGAUACCAAGCUGAUCGUGGUGGUUCGGGACCCUGUCACCAGAGCAAUCUCCGACUACACGCAGACUUUAUCCAAAAAGCCAGACAUUCCCACCUUCGAGAGCCUGACCUUCAAAAACAGGACUACGGGGCUCAUUGACACUUCCUGGAGCGCCAUCCAGAUCGGUAUCUACGCCAAGCACCUGGAGAACUGGCUCCAGUACUUCCCCAUGAGCCAGAUCCUCUUUGUGAGCGGGGAGCGGCUGAUCAGCGACCCGGCCGGAGAGCUGGGAAGGGUCCAGGACUUCCUGGGCCUCAAGAGGAUCAUCACGGACAAACACUUCUACUUUAACCAGACCAAGGGCUUCCCGUGCUUGAAGAAGGCGGAGGGCAGCAGCAAGCCCCACUGCCUGGGCAAAACGAAAGGCAGGACCCAUCCCAACAUAAACCCAGAGGUGGUGCAGAGGCUCAGAGACUUCUACAGGCCUUUUAACAUGAAGUUCUACCAGAUGACUGGCCAUAACUUUGGAUGGGAUUGAAAAGAACACAUUUCUUUUCUGUUCCUGUCGAGACACUUGUGAAGUUUAUAUAUAUAUAUAU